UGUAUUAUGCUUCAGUCUCGAGCUCGAUAUCGCCUAUGGCUCAACAUGCUCACUUCCCACCAGUGCCCGGCUUCGGCAAUUUCAACCCGCACGGCGCGCCGUUUCAGCCAGGCGGCAGUCUCUAUCCUCAACUUCCAGGAUUUGACAGUGGGGCUGCGGCUGGACCUUCGAUGCCAAUGAACCCGAAUCCCGCACCCUUCCAGCCGCAACGAACGGGAGGGGAAGCUCCUUUCGUCGAUAUCCCUGUGAGCGUUAGCGUGCCGGCGCACAUGGCCGAGCGACAUCGAGCACAAUACGAAGAGCUCGCACGGUUGCAGAGGCAAGAGCUGUUGCAACUGGCGCAUCAGCCUUCAUACGGCAGCAACAAUCAGGGAUCGAGCAGUAAUCGCUACGGCAGCUCUCAGCAGGGCGGGUUCGGUCGAAGCUUUUCCGGGCAUGAGAACAAUGGGAUGUAUCUAGGCGUGGGCGAGCAAGAUCGUCCGUCGCCCGGUUCACCCGGUAGUCAGGGGCAGACACGGUUCCAGCAUGGUAUGAACGCGCAAGAUGGUGGAUUUGGAGCCAUCGACGGGUUGUACCAGGACGUCAAGAAGAGACGGGUUGAACCGGUGUAUGAUGCCAACAUGGCACACCGUUUGGAAGAGCUUGCCGCGACGUUCCAACAGGUUCCUGUGCCGUCUCACGCUCCAGACUCGGCAUCGCCUCGAACGCAAAACCAUCGGAUAUUCGCCAACUCCCCCGAUGUGGCAAUGGACUCGUCGCCGUACGACGCGAGCCACUUUAGUCCGCAUGACGUUAGCAUCCUGAACAACAUCCGGUCUGCGCAAGACCUGGCCGAUUUCAAUGCCUUCAUGCUGUCGCUAGGUAAGGAUGCAGCGUCCAGCCUGGGUCUGCCCGGCCCCCCUCGACAACCACAUCGGCAAAACUCGGGCGACAUGCCAUCACCAUACUCGUCCGGAUCCUCCAUGUCCGAGUCUCAAGGCGGCCAUGACAUGUUCGACCCGGCCACGCUGGCGUCACUCGGUCUGGCAGGGAUGCCAGGUAUACCUAAUAGCGGGCACGUCGACUUUGGUUCGAUCUAUCCAAAUGAUAACAAGAUCCGCACGGCGAGUGAUCUGGGAGGGUCGGGAUCGCGACCGAUCGCGGCUCUGCCUGGAGCGAGGUCGGGUCGGGAUCGACAACCUGAUGGAAGUGAUCUGGGUAAUGCCGACGACGAGUCGUUACGCAAGCUGGCCUCUUCGCUGUCGGGAGGAUCUAUGCCGACGGGCGCCAUGGGAGGCAAGCCAUUCGGAAUGGGCCACGAUCACAACGGUCUCGGCGGCAACAACACCUUUGAUUUCACCCACGCCUUGAACGCCAUGCAGAAGAGCAGUCACAACCAUAGCCACAGCCACAGCCAUAGCAAUAACAAUAGCAACUUUGCGAACUUUGAUCAGCUAGCGAAACCGCACAGCACCGCUCCCCCGGCCAAGCUCGAUCUCGGUGACUUCGGCAAGAACACGUACCGGAACGUCAACCUGCUCGGCGCGUCGCAAUCACAGUCGAGCCGGACGAACAGUCUGGAUUACGUCAAGCGUGAGCCUAUCAGUCGAGGAGGCAGUCCGAUGCUCGUCGAUGUCAACAGCCUCGAUGUCAAGCGGGAAGGCGGACGCGAUGGUGAGGCCUACUCGCCGCCUCUACCCAAGGGAGCUUUCCCUCAGGCGGAGAUGAAUCCGAAAUAUGUCUUGCCCGCACUAAGGCAUUCCUCGGAAAAGCCCUCGGACGUCCAUCUGACGGGUUUGAGAAAUCUCGGGUUCGGGGAAGAGUGUUGGACGGCCAGUCCGGCGCAUUCAGCUGGGAUCCGAACUCGAUCGCCCUCGCCUGACCUUGAAUCAGAGUACGGCAGUGGCGAGACUAGACACAAACGGUUCUCGGCUAGGUUGCCUAGCAUCACCGCGCUGCUCGGACCGGAGCGGAAGCGGUCUUACGACGAAGCGCUGGUCUUGCACGUUGGGAGGAUGGGUCUAAAUAGCCGACCUUCCACGUCCACAUCGAGAUCAAGGGCAGCGUCCUGGGACGAACGAUACCGACAUGCGCAGAUUGUGAGGGAUUUGUUGGUCAGGGUGAAUAACGCUUGGAAGCGGCGGCACGAACUCGGUUUCCGGGACGAGGAGUACGAUUACGGAUACGAGUCGGAGGAUGAUUUGCGAACGCCGAUCGCGCCUCGUCGAAUCGUCGAGGAGGAUGAGGACGAGGAGGAUGUCAAACCUGUUGUCCGAUGGUGAAGAAGCGGGAUUGUUCGUGUCUAUCGGCGUCUUGUAUCGAUCUUGAAGAGA